AUGGGCUAUCUGGGGCUUGUGAUUCUACUUGGAGUCCCUUCGAAUAUCAUCAUUCUGCGGAAACUACUCCAGGAACAAAGACUCUCGCACAAGGACACUGUGAAGGUGAGACAGAUGAAAUUUCCCGAUCUCUCCCAGAUUUUGAUCUUCAGUGGUGAAAUAAUAUAAAAACUAUAUCAAAAAACACUAAUAGCUGCAGAGAAAAGGUUACAGAGUGGUUUCGUUAUGCUCAAGAUCCACCUUAACAUCACUGAUCUUCUGAUAUUAACUUUGGCUCUUGGAAAACUGAUGUGGUUGAUCACUUAUGAAUGGGUCGGAGGAGACUUUCUGUGCAGAAUGUUUCAGGUGAGAAUUCGAUUUCUAAAAAUAUGGCCCGAGAAAUUUCGUUUUUACACGUCAUUUUCUCAUAAUUAACGUUGAAUAGUUCAGCUCCUCUCAAUGUUCGCAAUGUACAGCUCAUCGAACAUCGUGGUCUGCAUUGCGGUAGACAGGCUGCGAAAUGUGAUGUAUGCGGACAAAGUGCGCGGAAAGCCCAAAAUGGUAAAAUAUUAAUACAGCCAGCCGCCUGAACUUUUAGAGUUGAAAAGUGCGCGUAGGACUCUUGCAUACAGAAGGCCGUCAUUUGCCAUUCAAUCUUUUGGCGCCGUUGAAAACAGACGUCAAAACUGGCAGACAAAUUAAAAAUAAAUAACCUGUCGCAAAAAUGCAAAAAAAACAUCUUUUGGACAGUGGAAUGUUAAAAUUUGCUUUGCAAUAAGGGGAAAUACGUUCAAAAAAAAAAGUGGUUAUCACAAAAGUUUUGUUACAUUCAGAUGAACCCUGUCACCGUACUCGCGGCGUUGUCCUGGAUUUUUUCUUUUGCUUGUAGCCUUCCACAAUUAUUGGCUUGGCAAACUUUCGAAGUUCCCAUGUAUGGAGGUUGGACACAAUGUACCGACAUUUGGCAAAUAAGCAGGUUACUGUUUAACGUUCAAGUUUCCAUCAAAUUCAGUUUUGAAGAUUCGGCGGAAACUUAACAAUUGAUCCACAUUCAAAAAUACUCACGAGAUUUGUGGAGAAUUCCUAUAACAUUUUGCAUCUGGUGAGUUAUUUUGUGCUGUUGUUUAAAAACAAAAAAGUGCGUUUCUUCAGGUUCUCGUUUUUUGGGGUCCAUUAUUGGUUCUUGUCGUUUGUCACGUUUUGAUAGCUACAAAACUGAUGCAGUACUCUCUGAGGCCACCUGGCUUGCUUGUGGGUUAAGCCAGUCAAAUCAAAGAAUCUUUUCGAAUUGCAGAGAAUUCAAAAGCCUCAGCCGAGUGUAGUAGAUGAAACGGUCAAAGGUAGAAAUAAUACCGCCUUUUCCGAGUUUUUUAUUCAUUUACUCAUUUUUAGAGGUUAUCGUACAUGUUAACGUCUCAGAUGGACUUCCUACUCAAAAUUCUUCAAUGAAAAAGGUCCUAGAUUGAAUAAAAACGUUGUGAUUAUGGCCUUUUAGGAUCUGGAAUGUGUUCCUGAGGGAUCAACGAAAUUUCGUCUUAGUGCUCCACGUUUGAAUGUUUAUCCAGAAAGGAGAUGUAAGUGAUAAAGAUCUUUCAUCGAAAUUUUCAAAAGGAUCUCAUAAUCCUCGCUCUAUUUUUGAGGGCUUCAACAUGUCUAAUGAGUCUUUUCAGGUUGCGCAUAUCAGAAAAGCAUGAUUCCAUACGUAGGAUUUUCACUGAAAGUAUCAUAAACCAUCCAUGUUUUUUGGAUUCACCGGCCGAUCACAAAUAAAAGCUUCUUUUCCGGCGUGACUUUUAGACAGAUAAAGGGACAAUCAAAAAUAACUUGAAGAAAAAUUCAUUUGAGUGUUCAGUGGGACACAGAGAAUUCUAGUUUUUCAUCAUUCGAAUCAAAAUUUCUCAAAAUUUUAAUUGUUUGCUUCUUGAAAAUAAAAAUGAAAACCCCUGCAAUCUGGAUCACAAAUAGAAUUUUUGAAUAUAACGCCGGUUCAACGCUGAAUAUUUCAGCGAAUGGUAGCAUCGGUCAUGACUAUCAAUUGCCUCGGAUUCCAAACUGGCGACGGCAAUUGCGGAGCCGAGUAUUCCGAACCGCGUUUCUAG